CGUGCGCUGCAGGAGGUGUCACAUGCAGUCCCCCCGCCCUUGCAAGGCCAGCCCGGGUUGGCUCCCUCCGAGCACACAGCUCCCCCGGCUCCCUCUCUCCUGCCUGCCGCUGCCGAAACGCCGCCCCCGCAGAUUCGGCGCAGUGGCUGGUUGGCGCCCAGACGGGACAAGAGGGGUCAGUGUCGGGCGCAGGAGCUGGGACAAGAGCGGCGGCAGCAGCAGCGGAGCGGAGCCCAGCGCCAGGCUGCCCGGCCGCUGCUGCCUCCAAUGCCAUCACAGCAACAAAGAGCGCGCUGAGGAGCGGGGAAGAGGCGCCCGGGCUCCACCAGCACAGAGGGCAGCGGGGGAAGAUGGCCAGGAAGGGGGAAGCCUCCACCUCUCCCUACGGCACUGUACCGAUGUUCUGUGCUGUGUAAUCUUCAUAGUCGUCAUUCUGGGUUACAUUGCAUUAGGAAUUCUGGCUUGGGUGCAUGGUGACCCCAGGAAGGUGGUCUAUCCAACUGACAGCUAUGGACAGUUCUGCGGCCAGAAGGACACCAUAAAUGAGAACAAGACCAGUUUGUUUUACUUUAACAUUCUGAAAUGUGCCAGCCCAAUAGUGCUAAUAAACCUACAGUGCCCUACAACACAGCUUUGUGUCUCAAAGUGCCCAGACAGGUUUGCAACAUACAUAGACAUGCAAGCUUCCUACAGAUAUAACAAAAGCUAUUGGGAGUACUACAGGCAGUUCUGCAAACCUGGUUUUAAUAAGCCUUUGAAGUCUGUUGCUCAAGUGAUCCGUGAUGAAGAUUGCCCUUCGAUGAUCAUUCCAAGCAGGCCUUUUCUUAAAAGAUGCUUUCCUGACUUCUCCACGAAGAAUGGGAUUCUGACGGUGGCAAAUCAGACGACAUUCAAAGAUGGAAGAGGGAAAACAAGAAAUGUAACUGAUCUCAGGGAAGCUGCAAAUGGUAUCAAUAAUGUCCUUGAUGCAAGAUCAGUUGGGAUGAAAAUUUUUGAAGACUAUGCCAGUUCCUGGCAUUGGAUUUUAAUCGGUCUGUUCAUUGCAAUGGUUGUGAGCCUGCUCUUCCUUGUGCUCCUGAGGUUCACAGCGGGGGUCCUCUUCUGGAUUUUCAUCCUUGGCGUGAUUGGAAUUAUAGGAUAUGGUAUCUGGCAUUGUUACUGGGAGUAUGAUCAUCUUCAGGGGACACCUGGAUCUGACCUCACGAUCUAUGAUAUUGGCUUCCAGACUGACUUCAGAGUAUAUCUGCAGCUGAGGCAAACAUGGUUAGCAUUUAUGAUAAUACUUUGUAUUGUGGAAGUCUUCAUCAUACUGAUGCUGAUCUUCCUGAGGAAUCGGAUCCGGAUUGCUAUUGCACUCUUGCAGGAAGGGAGUAGGGCUAUUGGCUACAUAAUGUCCACAUUAUUCUACCCCAUUAUCACCUUCAUUCUCAUUGCAAUCUGUAUUUCCUAUUGGGCAGUGACAGCUGUUUUCCUGUCUACAUCAGGGGAACCUGUGUAUAAAGUAAUGGCUAAUCAAACACUGUGCAAGUAUGCAAACCUGACCUGUGACCCAGAGACUUUUAACACAACCAAUGUGACCAAAUUAUGUGUUGGUGCUCAGUGUACUUUUGCUUUCUAUGGGGGAGAAAGCUUCUAUCACAAAUACAUCUUCAUCUUUCAACUCUCCAAUGCUUUUGUCUUUCUGUGGCUGGUAAACUUUGCAAUUGCACUGGGUCAGUGUACCCUUGCUGGUGCCUUUGCCUCUUACUACUGGGCCUUUAGAAAACCUGCUGAUAUUCCAACAUGCCCACUCUUUUCUUCAUUUGGACGAGCAAUACGAUAUCACACAGGUUCACUAGCAUUUGGAUCAUUAAUUCUUGCAAUAGUCCAGUUGAUUAGAAUAAUCUUGGAGUACCUGGAUCACAAGCUGAAAGGUACACAGAACUCCUUUACGAGAUUUCUGCUCUGUUGCCUCAAAUGCUGUUUUUGGUGUUUGGAAAAAUUCAUAAAGUUCAUAAACAGAAAUGCCUACAUCAUGAUUGCGAUAUAUGGUAAAAACUUCUGCACCUCAGCAAAGGAAGCGUUCUUUCUGCUAAUGCGGAACGUGGUGAGAGUUGCAGUGCUGGACAAAGUUACAGAUUUCUUGUUGUUCCUUGGGAAACUUCUCGUUGCUGGCGGUGUAGGUGUUCUAGCCUUCUUUUUCUUCACACACAGAAUACCAGUGUUCACACAAGAAACCCCAACAUUAAAUUACUACUGGGUACCUCUGUUGACUGUCAUUAUUGGCUCUUACCUAAUUGCACAUGGGUUCUUCAGUGUCUAUGCAAUGUGCGUUGAUACACUUUUCCUCUGCUUUUGUGAAGAUUUGGAAAGAAAUGAUGGAUCCACAGCAAAACCGUACUACAUGUCAGCUAGUCUGCACCGAAUUCUGGGAAAGAAGGAACUAAGCCCUAAGAAGGCAAUGGGAUAACUUUAAAAAAUUGCUGAAAAUCAAAACAAUGUCACUUUUAAGUGGGAUGUGUAUAAACUAGGCAAAAGUUAAAACUGUAAAUGAUGCUUCUGGUUGGUGGGUGAUUCUUUUUCUUUUUGCUUGUAUCUAAAAUCAAUUAGCAAUUUGGUAACAUCUAACUAGAUAGGGAAAUGCUUAAACUAAGAGCUGUGAAACAAGGCCACGUUUUAGUUUAUAGAGUGCCUAUGAAAAAGGAAAAUGUAAAUUUGAAUCAUUUUUUAUCCAUAGCUAAUGGUGUUUUAAUAACUUUUGUAACACAGGUUGCUGUUUCAAAUGACAGCUGUUUUGAUAACAUUUCUUUUUUUAUAAGUGUAUCUUUGUAAAUGAUAUUCAGGCAAUUUUUGAAAGCACUACAAUGUAACCUAAUUAGCCAUAAAAAUAGAUCAAGAGACUCUAGCAAACCAGCAGAUGGUACUAAAUUUGUAAAUAUGGUGCUAUGGUUGUAUUUUUACUGUACAAGCUGGUUGGCAGCGAUUUAAACUGUGAUUAUAUAUGUACUAAUAGUUCCCUACAUAGAUCUGUUGAUCACCUCCAUUACAAAUUGUAUAUGUUAAUAAGAGAAAGGGUAUCACACAAGUUCAAUCUCAAAGAAGGUAGCUAGAGUAGACUACAGCUAAAACUGCUUUAUAGUGAAAUCUGUUAUAACAUAACCCCUUUUAGAACAGAAGUUGGGUUAAACAAACAUUAACCUCCAUUGAAGGAGUGUUCCACUGUACCUGAAGAACAUGGUUUGUGGUUCCCACAAACUUUCUAUUUCCAUCUGGUGCAAGAUGAAAAAUGUAUAGCUUUCAGCUGAUGUGAAUGGGAGAUGCCCUUGUAUUAGUAUCCCUGUGCCUAAUGGUUCUAUGAUUUUAUUCUACAUGAUGUUGAGGUUGAGCUCCACCUGCAGUAUGGAAAGGAAAAACUGAAAUGCAGCCAUUUUCCUUAGAGGCAGGUCUUCAUGGCCCUCUAUAAGCUCCAAGGAAUUCUUAUUUCCUGUGUCCAUCCCAGAUGGGCUUCCUCCCUCCUUCCACAGGCUGAAUGCAUUGUCUCUGUGGGACUCUCAGCUCCUGUUAGCCCAUGGAGUAAGUGGCCAGGGCUAGAAAUAAAAUCUGAGUCUCUCACCUGAUAAAGCAGAGCACUAAUUAUUUAGACCAAGGAGCCAGGCCCAUAAUGUUUGGUGUAUGUUUAAAUCAUUAAAAUUGCAUGGUUAUAAAUGCAAAGACUAGUAUUAGCUUUAUACUGUUGGUGUAAUACACGUUAAUUUUACACUGAGGGCUUAUGUACAUGGUGCCAGCAAAGCACACUAGAGGGGUGUGAUUUGUAAAGCGUUUUAAUGUGUUGCACCCUAACUGCCCUGGGUAGACCUGCUGAUGCACUCUAAAAGGACUAUAGAAUAUCAGGGUUGGAAGGGACCUGAGGAGGUCAUCUAGUCCAACCCCCUGCUCAAAGCAGGACUAAUCCCCAGACAGAUUUUUGCCCCAGAUCCCUAAAUGGCCCCCUCAAGGAUUGAAGUCACAAUCCUGAGUUUAGGAGGCCAAUGCUCAAACCACUGAGCUAUCCCUCCAGGAAUAUGUUACGGCAAACUAGGUUCCUUUUAGAGCACACCAGCAGGGUCUACACCGGGCCGUUAGUGUAAUACAUUAGAGGGUUUUAUAAAUCACACCUAUCUGGUGCUGUGUAGGCAAGCCCUAAAACCCAAAUUCUGCAAGCCUUCUGUGCAUGGAACUACCACUGAAGUCAAUGACAGUUCCACUUGUGCAGGGCUCACAGGAUCAGCCCUACGUUUUAUCUGAGGAUUUGUGAAGAGUAAUACAAAGAAUUCAUGAUUACUGUAAGUAGGAGGAAUGGGGUAACCUUUCAAGGUGAUGUUACUUUUGUGACUGGGGCUAAAAAUACUUUAACCUAUUUAAAUACUAAUGUAGAAUAAUUGUUGUAAAGUUUAAGGGGGCCCAAUGGGCCAGCAUCCCAGGAGCAUCUAGAAAUCCAAAGCCAGUGAGGCUACGUUCUAGCCUUCAUGGGCUACAGAAUUUUGAAUUAAGUAUUCCAUGGCAGUCCACUUAACAGGGGUAGAAUUGGCAACAUCAUCCAGCUCUGUUGCUAUUACAGAAAGUGAGCUCCUGGAGUUCAAUGAGAACCUCAGCGUCAGAACACAGGGGCAGGUUCUUUUUCAGUUGGCUGAAGAUUCAGUCAUGUGGGAAAGAAUUUUUAAGAGCCCAUACUUUGCUCUCUGGAGGCAGCUCCAUUCCCAAGGUCAACCAAGAAACAAGGGUUGGUAUAAUACAACAGAGAUUAAAGGAGGGCCUUCCUCCAACCUGCACUUGGGUGAAUGGGAGGGGAGUAGGAAAUUCCCAUCAUGCCUGAGUAAUUUUGUUUAUUAAUACUAGCAUAGGUUGAAUCAGUUGACUACAGGUGAGUUAUUCCACCCAUAUGUUUGGAGUAACUCCUGGGGAAUGGAAGGAUCUUAAGAUCACAUGGCCUAUGCUUUCAAAAGUGACUAGUGCUUUUGAAGGCCUUGAUUUUUGAGUGUCCAUCUUGAGACACUUUAAAGGAGCCUGGCUUUCAGAAAGUGCUGAACACCCACUCUUUGAAAACCAGGCUCUUUUACAAGGCUUUUCAAAUUGGGUAUCCAAAAAUUGAGAAGCAAAAAUGCAAGUUUCUUUUGAAAAUUUAGGCUAGAAUGAACUGUUUGGGCUGCGUGCAAUCAUUCCAUCACCUAAAAGUCUGCUGAUCUGCUAUUCUGGAUCAGGCCCCAAUGUAAUAUAGGAUGGUACUGUAAUUAGUUCAUUAAUUUGCACCCAGAAAGACUGAGCAGAGCCAUCUACAGUUCUGCAGUGGAUUGAAGAGUUUUACUGGGUGCUCUACUGAAAAAGCGUAUUUCUGAGUAAAAUGCGCUUUUUGCCAUAUGAAUGUAACCGUAGAGUUUAAUAUGACAUAAUAGAAUAUGAAUAUGACAUAAUAGAAAUAGUAAUAAUAGUCAUAUGAUUAGAAGUUUUCUUAAUAAACCUAUGCAUUUGCUAGAAUUUCUAAAAGUUUUAAACUGAAUUGAUUGUUUAUAUACCAUAGAUAUAUAUAUAUAAAGUUCCUCCAUUCAUUACUAUUUUGUGAGAAUUAAUUUAGACUAUAAAUUUACAAUGUUUCUGAGAAGAGCAUUUAAAAGCCAUUUUUUAAAAUGAAGCAAUUAAGAGAACUGUGAAAAUGCAAAGCAAUAUUGCUUAAAUUCUCCAGUCAAUCAGCUGAAAUACUUUUUAAAAUUAUUUAAAAUUAAAAUUGGUCAAAGAAAACUGAAUAUUUUGGAAUAAUGUAGGCAGAAAUUAUUACAAGUACUAAUUUGCAAAAUAAAUCAUACUUUUAAAAUAAUGAUUCCUAACUAAUCCUUUGGGCCAAAUUCUGCCAAUUUAUGACCUACGCAAUCCCAGUUAAUUCAGUGAAUUUGGCACUUUACUCUGUUAUUUGCUUAAACAUGAAGAUAAAACUUAAUUACUAUGUACUUCCUCACUUUAGGGAAGUGGAAUAUUGGGCUAAGUAUGGUAUGUUAAGAUUGUUUAUUAUAUAGGUUUUGAUCCUACACCCACUGAAGUGAGUGGGAAAAUUUCCCAUUGAUUUCAAAGGGUAGAGACAGGCCCAUAUCGUGACAAAAGGCUGAUUAUUAUUCCAACUGUUUACAGUAUAAUAAAUGCCAAAACAUCAAGUAUUGAAAUAAACCUAGAACGCUAAGAGAGCUGUUGUGCAUUAAGAGUUCAGCAGGUGGUGCUAUUACUUUUCUUAUUGUACUGCUUUGAUCAUUUACUUUGUGCCAUUCUUCCUCCUAGUGGAAGAUUUAGAAAGACAUGAUGGCUCUGCAGAAAGACCCUAUUAUAUGAGUAAAUCUCUCUUGAAGAUUUUGAACAAGCCGAAUGUAGAAACCAAGAGACAUUAGAAAAUACCCAAUGUUGUAACCACCCAAUCGUGUUGGAUUUAGUCCUGGUUUGAUGCAUUGUCUUCCCAACACUGUAUUAAUUGUCGGCUUUUAUUUGCAUGUUUUAUACCAAAGCUUCUAUGUAAAGCCAUCAGAAUUGGUAAGGAAACUGUUUAAAAAAACAAAAAACCCAAGAUGCGACGAUUUUUAUACUGAGAUUUGUUUUUUUUCAAGUUGUAUUUAGCUUUUAAUUCUAGUGGCUUGGAUGUUUUGAAGAUGCUGAAUAUUCUUUUAAAUAUAAGCAUUUAAAAAUAUGAAAUGUUUUCCUGUUGCAUAUUCUGGUAUAGGACAGUAAAAAGAUUUCAGAAAUCAUCAUAUUAAGCUUAUUCUAAAAAGAGAUUCUUUAAAUAUCCUUCUGAAAAUAAAUGACAUUAAAAAUGAUUAGACUUAACAGUUUGUCUCUGUAUUGUAGUAUAGAACUUCAGUCUUUAAACUAUUGCCAGUCACCCAGCCUGUACAACUGUGCCCUCUAUGACAAAAGUGCCUUACUGGCUAUUAGUAUUACCCAGCUUAUAUUUUAAAGUUUACAUACAUAAUUUAAACCACAAAAUAGAAAUUGCUAGAUAGGAAAAACAAGACUCUUCCAGCUUAGUUGAAAUGAAGUGAUAUAAAAUCAACUGCAUUUUAAAUACAUUUGACAAUUUUGCUAAAUAACUGCAGCACAAUUUCCCUGUUACUGUUUUCAGAUCAUGAGUAUUUUAUGCUCCAAGAAAGAAAGUAAAAGAGAAUUGUUUUUGUUACAAAAAGAAAAUCAUGUAAGACUGUUUGGUUUGCUUUAGUAAACUUUUCUAAAUCUAAUUUAGGGGAUGCUGAACUCUUUAACUGGGGGCCCUAUUUUGUCUUCUGCUUCAGAGAUAGCCCAUUGUAUUUAGAUAAUUGAAGGUAGAAUUGGGCCCUUGGUAUUUAAAAUAGAAUGAAAAGGGAAGUUAGUAGAUAUCUGUUACACCAAUGUUAUAUAUGUUUUUUAGGUUCCCAAAUGUAAAGUAGAUGCUUCAUUUUAAGACUGAUUAUUUACUAUUCUGGAAGUGUUUUAUAAAUGACCUUUAAUUUUCUAACUUUUGAUACAGAUUAUUGAAAUAUAAGUGCUUCAUGUUUAAAAUUACUAGUGCUAUUAAUAUAAAAACUGAUUGUCUGUUACUAUAUGUUACAGAAGGGUCCAUAAGCAUUUAUUUCAAAUAUGUACAUGUAAAAUCACAAAAAGACAAUUUAAAAGUUGAGAAAUGAGAGAGAAGUAACUGUCAUUUUCACUUAUCACAUUUUUCAUUUUAAUGUGACUUUCAGAGAUUUAUCAUUUUCAUGCCAAAACCAAACUAAUGUGAGCACAUGACAGUCUGAGCUCUAAAACCUGUUUGCUUCUGCUGUGCAGAAAUAUUGGGAAUGUAUUGUUUAAAUAUCUUUGAUACCUAAAUUGUUUAAUAUUUAAUGAAAUUUGUUGUUACUUACUGUUUUACAGCUCUUGGGGUUUGUUCUAAUAAAGAUUUAGAUAUAAAAGAA